AAGCAAGAUGGCGAAGGUGAAUACAAAGACAAAAUCCAGUAAUAAGAUAUCCAAAGGGUCAUCCAAACCAAAAAAGGUAUCUACAAAACAUAAAAAGUCCUUUAAGUCAACAAAAAUUCAGAUAGAAAAGUUAAACUCCAACAUAUCGACAUUCACAGAGAUCACAAACUUAUUGGCAACUCCCGUAGAAUCACCCAAAGAACAAUCAGCAUUAGAUGCCAAGCAAUUAAAGCAAGAUAUUGCAAAUGAUGAACAAUUGAAACAACUGAGAAAGACCACUGAGAAUGAUUUAAAGAAACAAAUGGAAUUAUUGACUGAGAUGGGAUUAUAAACAAAUAUUUAUACAACUAUAGAGAAAAUAUCCUUAUUAGAUAGUUGUGGUACGCAGGCAAUGUUUGCUCGUUGCCUUAGAUUAAACUGUUCAAAUUGCGGUGCGGUGAAAGCUCGCCAACAUGUUUGAGGUUAGGAAAGAUACAUUGGAAGAUACAUUGGAAGAUACAUUGGAAGAUACAUUGGAAGAUACAUUGGAAAAUACAUUGGAAAAUACAUUAGACCACGUAAAGUUGCCACGAAUAAUGUACAGGAACAUCUUUCAACAACUAUUGUAAUAGCAGGUUGGGUUUUAAUAAACUGCAAUAGUCAUACACAAACUAUAUAUAGAAAUAGACAUUAGCAGUUUGACCUUUGUCAAGCCGCACUUCUACAAGAACAAGUAUUAUGCGAGUUGCUGUAACUUGAAGCACAGAAGCUGGAAAACUAGAUUAUGUGAAGAUUGAAAAUUUAUGGGUGAUUGUAGCUCGUUGCAGCAGCCCAAUACCCUUCUCUUGUCAUUGUAAUAUGUUAUAAACAUGGAGCCAGGUCUUACUCUUACUGUUGUGGCGGUAGCUGGAGCGUGCUGAGGCUCAUAGCUUCAGCAUAUGUCAUGACUCACAUACGACCAAGACAAACCGCACCUCAUUGGGCUGGCACAUACAUUCGAAAGCAUAAGCCUUCAUUUAUAUGUUUUACACCCAUUGAUCUUUACAUUCUGUCUAACUGGCCUGACGUAAUAGCACCGGUGGUGAAUCCUUCAAAGCCAGAUCUAGAAACUCUCCCGCUAUAUAAUUUUCAUAUGAAACUAGCGAUUAGCUCUUAAAGUAUUUUUUGUUUAAUAAAAAAAAAACCAGAAUGCUUAAUUUCAGGAAGACUCACCCAUUUGCUGAGUUUGCCGUUUUGGGCUUGCACUUGUCCUGUUUCGACUAACACCACCACACCAGCACGAGCUGAUAGUUCCUCUGAACUAUCACCCGAAAUUUCAUAGUGCUUAUUCGUCGCUUCCCCACCUCAUCGUAAUAGUAUAUUAAACGC